AACAAAUGACAGAAAAUAUAGAGAAGUACCACCAGUGAGACAUUCUUGCAUGGCUUUUCUUGCGGCAUGCCUUCUUGCCUUUGCAGUUUUUUUCAAUGCUCAAGCACGAUUAGUGCCAUCUAAUAUAAGCCGUGGUUCUUCUUUAACACCCCAUUCCAACUCCUCGUGGUUGUCAAGCUCCGGUGUGUAUGCCUUCGGUUUUUAUAAGCAAGGCAAUGGCUAUGCUGUGGGGAUAGUACUUGUUGGAAUCCCUGAAAAGAUUGUAGUCUGGACCGCAAAUCGUGAUGACCCCUUGGUCUCGGACAAUGCAACAUUGCUCUUGACAGCAGACGGGCUCUCUUUGAAACCGACACAAGGGCAACCAAUGGUGGCAAGUACUACUCAGGCAGUUUUCUCUGCUUCAAUGCUUGAUUCUGGUAACUUUGUACUAUACAACUCUGAUCAGGAAAUAGUAUGGCAAAGUUUCGAUAAUCCAACUGAUACGCUUUUGCCGGGACAAACUUUGAGAGCAGGGUCACAGCUUUACUCAGCUAAAUCUGAGACUAAUAGCUCAACUGGCAUUUUCCGUCUCAUUAUGCAAAAAGAUGGUAACCUUGUUCAGUACCCGGUAGCUACAUCAGAUCCUUACUACGCAACUGGCACGGAUGGAAGUGGAAACAAUGUGACUCUGAACUUGGAUGCUGAUGGCCAUCUCUACUUGGUGAAUAACACCGUCACUAUAUUCAAUAUUACGAAUGGAGGUAUUACUACUGAUCAGAGCAAAUCUUAUCUCAUGAGACUUGAUAUAGAUGGAAUUUUUCGCUUGUAUUCCUAUAGUUUGAAGCAGAAUGGAAACUGGUCAGUUGAGUGGCAAUCAACAUUAGAUAAGUGUAACCCUUUAGGUGUAUGCGGAUUUAACAGUUACUGUGUCACAAUGGAUCUAAAAGCUGAAUGCAAAUGCCUUCCAGGAUUUGAGCCUACCACCCUGGGGGAUCAGACCUCAGGCUGUGGGAGGAAUACGGUUGCGGAUGUUUGCAAUUCCGUGAAUGAAAGCUUUACAUACAUCAUGCAAGAACUUCCCAGCACAAGAUGGGAUAACUUUGCAUACAUGACUCUGUCUUUAUCAGACAAAGAAGAAUGCAACAAGGCCUGCUUGGAGGAUUGCAACUGUGAGGCCGCACUUUUCGUAGGGGGAAGCUGCAGAAUGCAGAGGCUUCCCUUGAGUUAUGGAAGAAGACGGUUAGACACUUCAGACUCAGCUUUCAUCAAGGUUGGCAUUUCUAAACCUCCAGCUGCAGAUAAUUUCCUCAAGGACAAAAACAAGAGAAAAGGUCUAGUUGCAGUCCUUAUUCUUGGAGUCCUAUUAACUGCUUUUGGGACCAGUUUGUUGGUGAUCUCUGUGUUUGCAUUCUGGAAACCUAAAGUUUGGGGUUAUAAAAUGAUGAAUCAGCUCAAUGGUGAUGUUGAAUGGAAUGAGGAUGAAGUGGCUCCGCGACCAUAUGCUUAUGAGCAGCUAGAGAAGAUGACUGAUAAUUUCAAGGAGGAGGUUGGUAGAGGAGCUUCUGCAACAGUUUAUAAAGGGGUGAUGUUAUGUAGCCACAAGCUAGUUGCCGUGAAGAAACUAGAGAAUGUUGCAGCUGAAGGAGAAAAAGAAUUCCAGACUGAGAUGAAAGUAAUUGGCAGAACUCAUCACCGGAGUUUAGUGCGUUUACUUGGGUAUUGCCAUGAUGGACCAAAGAAGCUUUUGGUGUAUGAGUACAUGAGGAAUGGAUCACUUGCAGAUAUACUCUUCACACCUAAGAGGAAACUUUAUUGGGAAGAAAGAAUGGGAAUUGCUCGCAACAUAGCACGAGGGUUACUUUAUCUGCAUGAAGACUGUGAUACACAGAUCAUCCACUGUGACAUAAAGCCUCAAAACAUACUGAUGGAUGAGUACAUGUGCCCCAAAAUCGCCGACUUCGGUUUGGCAAAGCUGCUUCAGCAAGACCAGACCAGAACCACUACCGGCAUCAGAGGAACAAAAGGGUAUGUUGCACCUGAGUGGCAUAGGAAAAUGCCUAUAACAGUUAAAGCAGAUGUUUAUAGCUUUGGAAUUGUGCUGCUGGAGAUUGUAUGUUGUCGAAGGAAUGUGGACUGGAGUCUUCCUCAGGAGGAGGCUAUCUUGGAUGAAUUAGUCUACCAUUACUUCGAGAGUGGCGAGCUUAGCAAAUUGAUUAGGGAUGAAGAGAUAAACGUAAGGCAAUUUGAAAGGGUGAUUAAAGUGGCACUUUGGUGCAUGCAGGAUGAGCCAUCGCUUCGUCCUUCUAUGAAGAAAGUUCUUCUUAUGUUGGAAGGGACUGUCGACAUACCAAUCCCUCCAAAUCCAAGUUCUUUCCUUAAUAGCAUCUAAAUUGUAUGUGAUCCUUAAGUACUGAUGUAAUCAAGAAACCAAUUGAUCGGCCUCGCAUGUUGCUUAGUAAUAAUUGAAAUAAUCCACUUGUCAUUAUUCAUUGUAAGACAACUGCUUUUGUGCAUAAUCUCAAAGUGGCUGCAGCUAU